AUGAAAUUACUUUGUAUAGGUGGAUUGAUUUUGCUUGGAAUGACAUUGAUUCUCUGGCUUUUCGUUCCUGCAGAUCCUUCUUUGUCAGAAACUAAACAAGUUUCUUCAGAAAUUACCGAUAAAUCUGAAGAAAUACCUAAACUACAUCAAAAUUUACCAUCAAUUCAUUCACAUUCGAAUUCGAAUUCAGAAUCUAAAGUAAAUUCACAAGAUUCAAAUAUAAUUCCAUCCACAUUUCCAGAAACACAUUCGGAACCUCCAAAUGAGAUGAUUCCUUCAUUAGUGACUAAGCAGCCUUUACACACCCCUUCAAAUACCAAAUUGAAAGAAUUACGACCCACGACAACAAAUUCAGUUAAAGUAAAAAAUUAUAAAACCUUCAAUUUAACGCUUCGAAACGAAACAAGAUCACCCGACGGAUUUUCUCGUUAUGUAUUUACGAUAAACAACAAAUUCCCAGGUCCAGAAAUAAUAGUGAAUAAAGGAGAUAAUAUCAGACUCAAUGUAACAAAUUAUAUUGGUCACCCAACAACGAUCCAUGUUCAUGGAAUGAUUCAUAAUAAAACGGUGUAUAUGGAUGGAGUUCCUUACAUUACGCAAUGUCCAAUCCAAAAUGGAAGCAGCUUUAUUUAUGAAUUCAAGGCCACGAAUCCCGGAACUUAUUUGUAUUAUUCGCAUUACGAAACACAACGUGCGGAUGGUUUAUACGGUGCAUUGAUUGUAAAAGAUCCGGAAGAGUCAAAGCUAUAUAAUUAUGAUGACGAAAAAACCAUUUUGCUAUCAGACUGGUACCAUGAAGAAUCCGCUGCGUUAUUAAAAAAAUAUAAAUACAAUAAUGCGUCGAUUUCUGAUUUUUUCGAGCCCGUUCCUAAUAGUGGAUUGAUUAAUGGCAGAGGGAUAUUUAAUUGUGAGAAUUAUGAGAACGACCCAAUAAAUAAGGAAAGAUGUAAUUUUAAAAUAUUAGAGAUCGUAGGAUUUCAUUUCGAACCUCACAAGAAAACUCGUCUUCGGAUUAUAAACACGAGCGCCUUAACAUCAUUUUACUUUUCUAUCGAUGGACAUAUGCUUCAAGUAAUCGAAGUGGAUGGUACACCUACAGAGAUUUCGAGUGAAUUCCAUCGUUUACCGAUUCACGUUGGACAGCGAUAUUCAAUAAUCCCGACUCGACUUUCUCAAUUUAAUUCAACAUCAAACUUUUAUCUUCGUGUCGAAAUUACCAAGAAAUCUUUUCGAUCAACAACACCUUAUGAUAUGCUUCCAACAGAAUUUAACGCAAUAAUCCGUUAUGAAGAUCAGGAUGAUUCAUCACUUCCGUCAACAUCAUCAUGGACAUUGCAACAAUCUUCGUCGAUAUUUUCUAUAAUAGAUCUUAAGCCUUUUGAUUUAAGACCACAAUUUCACGAAAAACUACAACGAAACACGACAUUUUUUCAAUUUGAUUUGAUCAUCGAUAAAAUAGAUGAACAUAAAUCUUUGAAAUUUAAAAAUAAAGGAUUUAAUGAUAAUGACAUUGACAAUGUUGAACAAUUUUAUGGAUCUAUUAAUAGUGUGCAAAGAGGCGCUUCGCUAUAUAACCCAAACAAAACUACCAAUACGCAUGGACAUAAAUUCUGGGUAUUGGGUCAAGGAGCAGAAUCAACACCAAAAUAUUCGAAUUUAAAUGAUAUUGAUCCGAUUAAAAGAGAUACCGUAGUUGUUCCAGCAUUGGGAUGGACGCUAAUUAAAUUUAACAUUGAAAAUCCUGGAAUAUCUACGUUCAAUAAUCCUAUAGUAUGGCACAAAAACAUCGGUAUGUUGGGUCAAAUAAUUGAAUUCCCUAAAAAUAUUAAGAAAUCUACAAUUCCCCCAAUAGAAUGGUGCAAAUUAUGUAGAGACGAAAUUAAUUUAAAGGAAUCUAAUAACACUACUGGAAUUAGGGAUGUUAAAAGUCCCAUGGGACAAGGUCCUAAACAGUCUAUGAAGUCCGGUCCAGUUCGAAAUUCUUUGAACUAUGGGACUGUAGUCCUAUUUAAAAUGGGACUUGCGGUCCCAGGACUGCAAUCCUAA